CAGAUGAAUUGGGCUGCUGGUGUUCAGUGUGUAACCAAGUGCGACAACAGAAAACCUAAACCUGGAGAGUUGGCAUACCGCAAAGGACAUGUUCUCACUAUUAUUGAUACAAGCACGAGGAAGGGAUAUUACAAGGCCAGACACAACACCACAGGAGAAGAGGGCUUCAUAAACUCCAACAAUGUGCGUGAGAGAGAGGCGCUCCGUGUCGACCACAGCCUCAGCUUCAUGCCCUGGUUUCAUGGGAAGAUCUCCGGCCCAGAGGCGGUGAGUAAGCUCCAACCGGCUGAAGAUGGCCUGUUCCUGGUGCGAGAGAGUAUCCGCCAUCCGGGUGACUACGUCCUGUGUGUCAGCUUCUCUGGAGAGGUCUUUCAUUACCGCGUGAUCUACCAGGACAACAAGCUGACCAUCGACUACAAACAGUUUUUCUACAACCUCAUCGAUAUGAUUGAGUUCUACUCCAAAAACAAUGACUCUGUUGUUACGACUCUUAUGAAGCCCAAAAAGAAACAAGGCACCAAGUCAGCUGAGGUGGAGCUCUCCAAAACUGGGUGGCUGCUGGACAUCACAAAACUCACCCUGGGAGAAAACAUAGGAGAAGGGGAGUAUGGCGCUGUUUAUCAGGGGGAGUACAUGGACCAAAAGGUGGCGGUAAAGAUCAUUAAAUGUGACGUGAGGGCUCAGGCCUUCCUGCAGGAGACUGCAGUCAUGACGAAGCUGCAGCACAAAAACUUGGUUCGGUUGUUGGGCGUCAUCCUUCACAAAGGGCUCCACAUCGUCACAGAGCUCAUGACCAAGGGCAACCUGGGUAAUUUUCUCAGGACAAGAGGUCGUUCAGUCAUCAACUCCGUUCAGCUGCUCCGCUUCGCUCUUGACGUGUGCGAAGGGAUGGAGUACCUGGAGUCGAAGAAGCUGGUCCACAGAGACCUGGCGGCUCGAAACGUUUUGGUUUCUGACAACAGCGUGGCCAAAGUCAGCGACUUUGGGCUGACCAAAGUGGACUCCAAGGAGUCGGACAAAGCCAAGUUGCCCAUUAAAUGGACCGCUCCCGAAGCUCUGAAGAAAGAGAAAUUCUCAACAAAGUCAGACGUUUGGAGCUUUGGUGUCCUCCUGUGGGAGAUCUUCUCAUACGGUCGCCAGCCGUACCCUAAGAUGUCUUUGAAGGACGUGAAGGAGAAUGUGGAGGGAGGUUAUCGGAUGGAUGCUCCAGACGACUGUCCUGCGGAGGUUUACACCCUCAUGAGGCUCUGCUGGGAGCAGGAACCUCGCAGGAGACCCGGAUUUUCCAAACUAAGAGAGAAACUCGAACAGGAAAUGGUUAAACGGAGCCCUCGACCAGAGGCAAAGCAUCGAGAAGGAAUGGGGUCUGGAUCUAGAAGCUAGAUAAUUCUUUUCUUCAAACAG